AUGCUACCUUUCAUCGCACUGGUGUUAGUGGUACUGCUGGAAGUGGUGUGUUAUACUCCCAUUGCCAAAUGUGCCAUUGGUAAUCCAUUUCCUAUCCAGCACAAGUAUUAUCAUUCUGGAGAUUUCCUUAUCGGCGCAAUUAUUUCUCAGCUCUACACGUUUUCUAACCUGAUAAUGUUCAAAAGACAUCCCUCUGAAGAACUGGUUGGUGAGUUCAUCUAUUUCUUGGCAAGAUGGAUCUAUCUUGCUUCAAUGGAGCUUCUUUCUACUCAUGAUAAACUCAUCCCUAAUUACAAAUGUGAUAUCCAGAACAAGGCCAUAUCUGUUAUCGCAGGACCAAAUCCUUGUUACUUCAUGGCAGCGGUUCUUUCCAUUUACAAGAUCCCACAGUUCUUAUAUGGUUCUGCUUCAGUGUUGAACGACAACAUCCAGGCCACUUUCUUUCACCACAUGUUUCCAAAUGAGGACAAGGAAAUGCUGGGCAUUCUCCAGUUACUCUUACAUUUCAAAUGGACCUGGAUUGGGCUAUUUUACAUAAGUAGUGAGAGCGGAGAGAUGUUUGCACAGAGCGUUCUACCCAUGUUUACUCAUGAAGGUAUCUGUUUUGAUUUCAUAGCGGCGCUGCCCAAAGAAAAAUUUUCCGCUGAUCUCAGUGAAAUGAUAGCUGAUUGGCUUAGAACAUAUAGGAUUAUAACGGAGAGCACUGCUAAUGUUAUCCUCUUACAUGGAGAAAAUCAGAUCAUGAUAUUUCUGAGAAUGUUUCCUAUGCUUUCAGUAUUUGAGGACGUUUCAGAACUGAGAAAUGGGAUAAUCUGGAUUAUGACAGUCCAAAUGGAAUUCACAUCCCUUCCGUUUCAAAGAAUUUGGAGCAUAGACUUCCUCCAUGGUGCAAUAUCCUUAGCAGUUCCCUCAAGGGAUGUGUUAGGAUUCCAGAAAUUUAUCCAGAUGAGAAACCCUGUUUCAGAAAAAGAAGAUGGCUUUAUGAGGAUCUUUUGGGAACAAGCAUUUGAAUGUUCAUUCCCUAAACCUAUUUUAAAUGAGGAUGGUGGGAAGACCUGCAGUGGGGAGGAAAGACUGGAAACCCUUCCUGGGUCUGUUUUUGAAAUGAGCAUGACAGGCCAGAGCUACAGUGUCUACAAUGCUGUCUAUGCUGUGGCACAUGCGUUGCAAGCCAUGCUUUCAUCCAAAUUGAAACACAGAGGAAUGACAGAUGGAGGGAAAGGAAUGCUUCUAGACUUACAAUUUUGGCAGCUCCACCAUUUUCUGAGAGGUGUGUCAUUUAACAACUGUGCUGAGGAAAAGAUAUCCUUUGAUCAAAAUGGCCAAAUAGAGGCUGGCUUUGACAUUAUCAACUGGGUCACAUUCUCGAACCAGUCAUUUCUCAGAGUCAAAGUUGGCAAAGUAGACUCCAAGGCUCCCCCAGAUGAACUGCUAACCAUUUCUGCAGAUGAUAUCACUUGGCCAAGUGUGUAUAACCAGAAAUAUCCUCUUUCUUUGUGCACUGAAAACUGCCGUGCAGGUUACAGUAAGGUAAAGGUGGAAGGAAAACCAUUUUGCUGCUAUGAAUGCAUUCCAUGCCCAAAAAGGAAGAUUUCAAACCAGACUGACAUGGAUGACUGCAUACAAUGUCCAGAAGAUCAGCAUCCCAGCAAUGGUCAGAACUUAUGCAUUCCCAAAGCCAUCAUCUUCUUGUCUUUUGAAGAACCUUUGGGGAUAUGUUUGGCCACCAUUGCAGUCUCCUUUGCUUUCAUCACCGCUUUGUUGCUUGGGAUCUUCAUUAGACACAGAACUACUCCCAUAGUCAGAGCCAACAACCCAAACCUUACUUACAUUCUCCUUACUAGUCUCCUCCUUUCAUUCCUUUGUGCUUUACUGUUCAUUGGCCAACCUAGCAAGAUAUUGUGCCUUUUUCAACAAGUUGCUUUUGCCUUAAUGUUUUCUUUGGCAGUUUCAUGCAUAUUAUCCAAAACAACGAUUGUUAUUCUCGCUUUCAUUGCUACUAAACCAGGAUCUUGGACAAGGAAAUGGUUAGGAAAGCAACUUGCCAUCUCCAUUGUUCUUUCUUGUUCCCUCGUUCAAGUUGGCAUUUCCAUUCUGUGGCUGGCAACCUCUCCCCCAUUCCCAGAUGUUAACACACACUCCAUGCCUGAAGAAAUUGUGCUGGAAUGUAAUGAAGGAUCAUCUGUUAUGUUCUACAGUGUCCUGGGCUUUAUGGGCACGCUAGCCCUCAUCAGCUUCAUUGUGGCUUUCUUAGCCAGAAGGUUACCAGACAGUUUUAAUGAAGCCAAAUUCAUCACCUUCAGCAUGUUGGUUUUUUGCAGUGUUUGGUUGUGUUUUAUUCCAACUUAUUUAAGCAUCAAGGGGAAAUACAUGGUUGCUGUGGAGGUCUUCUCCAUCUUAGCUUCUGGGGGAAGUCUACUAACCUUCAUCUUUUUUCCUAAAUGCUUUAUUAUUAUCUUAAGGCCAGAGCUAAACAAGAAAGGCCAGCUAAUAAGAGGACAGAAUUAA